UCGGCAAUUAGUAUUAAUUAGUGAUAAGUUUUGUGUGAUUUGUACAAUGUUUUGGGCACUUAUCCUGGCCGCUGUCUUGCUGGUAACCUACUGGUUACUCAGCAGGCCCUACAAAUACUGGACCGAAAGAGGAGUCAAACAGGGAAAACCAGUUUUUAUUUUUGGAGACUACUGGGGCCCCAUGCUCCGGAAACAAACCAACGCCGAAGUGGUUGAUAUGUUGUAUAACCAAAUUGACAAAGAGGCAAGAUAUUGCGGCAUUUACCAAUUUUUAACACCUGUGCUGCUGAUCAGAGACCCCGAACUUAUCAAAAAAAUCACAGUCAAAGAUUUUGAGCACUUUGUGGACCACAGAAUUGUGAUCCCUGAAGAAUCCGACCCUCUAUCAGGGCAGAAAUGGCGCGACAUGAGGUCCACCCUCAGCCCUGUCUUCACCAGCAGCAAGCUCAAGUACAUGUUUUCGCUGAUUUCCGAAAGAGGAGAACAGUUCGCCCAAAGUCUUUUGAAAGAAAAUAAGGACGUUAUCACCCUUGAUAUCAAAAAUUCAUUCACGCGGUACACUAACGAUGUGAUGGCUAGCACCAUGUUCGGAAUCACCUGCGACUCUCUCCAAGAACCCAAGAACGAAUUCUACUCUUUGGCCCAGAAAUCGCAAGAUUUCAGCGGCUUUUGGAAAAACGUUAAAUUGUUGGGGUACUUCCUGUUUCCAGAAUUUUGCAAGUCUCUGGAAAUCAGUUUCUACUCCAAGGAAGUCAACAGUUUCUUCGAGAAACUCGUCACUGAGAACAUCGGAAGUCGCCAGAAGCAUGGCAUCGUCCGUCCCGACCUGAUCCACUUGCUGAUGGAGGCCAAAAACCACGCCAAAAAAUCCACCGGCUACCAAGAAUCCAACAAAAUGAAGACCGAAAUCACCGACCAAGACAUCGCCACGCAAGCCCUCAUCUUCUUCUUCGGAGGCUUCGACACCGUCGCCUCCCUCAUGUCCUUCAUGUCCUACGAGCUCGCCACGAACCCCGACUGCCAGGAGAAGCUCCGCCAGGAAGUGGACGAAGUCAUGCAAAACUGCAACGGAAAGGUCACCUACGAGGCCAUCGUCAACAUGAAGUACAUGGACAUGGUCACUUCCGAGACCCUCCGCAAGUGGCCCAACGCCCCAGCCGUGGACCGCGUCUGCACCAAGCCCUACACCAUCGAGCCGGCGAGGCCCGACGAGAAGCCCAUCCAUUUGAAGGAGAACGACACCGUGCUUUUGCCCAUUUAUGCGCUACACAGGGACCCCAAAUACUUCCCCAAUCCGGACCGCUUCGAGCCUGAGCGCUUCAGCGAAGAAAACAAAGCCAACAUCGAGCCCUACACCUACAUGCCGUUCGGGUCCGGGCCCAGGAACUGCAUCGGCCAGAGAUUCGCGCUCAUUGAAACCAAACUCUUCUUCUUCUACAUUUUGGCCAACUUCGAGCUGAUCCCGGUUGAGAGGACGCAAAUCCCGCUCAAACUCACCAAAAAUCCCUUCACCAUGACCGCAGAAAAGGGAUUCUGGUUGGGAUUCAAGAAGCGUUAAUGAUAUACAAUGUACGAAAUGUUUUAUAAUAAAAUUAUUUUGUGCCCGAA